UCCGUAGUUGAACCGACAGAUCGGAGAUAUCGCAGCCGUCAGAAAGUUUUCAUACUACUUGCCUACAACUCGAGAGGUUGACGUGCACGGGUUUUCGCAGUCGGGAGGUGAUAAUUCCAAUACGACCUGCAAGUUACUUGCCAAACAUGGCCAUGACAAAGUUAAUGCGAGCCAUCAGAGUGUCCGAGUUUGGAGGACCGUCUGUUUUAAAAUUGCAAGAAGAUAUUCCCGUUCCAACCCCAGGUCAGAAACAGGUAUUAAUUAGAGUACAAGCCUGCGGUGUAAAUCCUUAUGAAGCCUAUCUCCGCUCUGGAGCAUUCCCUGUGAAACCGAACCUGCCAUACACCCCUGGAUCGGAUGUGUCUGGGGUUGUGGAAGCUGUUGGAGACGGCGUGAGCUCUUUCCAGUCAGGUGACCGGGUGUUUACCACAGCCACAGAGACUGGGGGCUAUGCUGAAUACACCGUAGCGUCUGAAGACUCUGUCUACCAGCUGUCUGAUUCCUUGGAUUAUAAGCAAGGAGCUGCAAUUGGUAGUCCAUACUUCACUGCAUACCGUGCUCUCUUCCACAGAGCACACAGCAAAGCAGGAGAGACUGUUCUUGUUCAUGGAGCUAGUGGAGGGGUAGGAGGUGCAACAUGUCAGAUUGCCAGGGCCUUUGGGAUGAAGGUACUGGGGACAGCAGGAACCCCUGAGGGACAAGCAUUGGCAAAGAAGAAUGGAGCUCACCUGGUCUUCAACCAUAGAGAGAAGGACUACGUCAAGAAAAUCAUGGAUGCUACCAAUGGACAGGGACUGAAUGUGAUCGUUGAGAUGCUGGCCAAUGCGAAUCUCAGUAAGGACCUACAGAUGCUUACAUAUGGAGGCAGAGUGGCGGUAGUGGGCAGCCGCGGUCCCAUCGAAAUCAACCCUAUGGAGACCUCCAUGAAAGAAAGCAGCAUCAUUGGCGUGGCCAUCUUCAGUUUAACUAAGGAAGAGAGGGCAGAGUGUGCGGCGGCUCUCCUCGCUGGAAUGGAGUCCGGUUGGCUGAAGCCUGUUGUUGGUCCUCAGUACACCCUGGACAAGGCCUCCCAAGCUCAUGAAGACAUCAUCAAGAGCUCUGGGGCAACAGGGAAGAUGGUGCUGACCAUUUGAUCCCAGCUCCUGGCAGAUUCAGAUACUGCAAUAUUAACUAGCACAAUGCUUCUAACAGCAUUUCUUUAACUUUCUUUAAAACGAAAUAAAUGGUGCGUAACAAGAUAAUAGAUAUCAGCACGCAAAAAAAAAAAGUUUGCUUCAGGGGUUAAAAUGAAAGGUUGAGACACAGCGGGGUGAUUCAAUUAAUUGCAAACAAGUGUCGCAAGUCGUACACUUUCACACAGAAUUAAAAAUGUAUACAUUUUGUUUUUGUAAGAAGAAUUGUGGAUUUGUGUUUAAUUACAACUUUUAAGAUUAUACAAUGAGAACAAAUGGUAAUUGUGAAUUUUAAUUCAUUUUUGUAUUAAAUUAAAUGGUAAAUGAUUGGCAUUUAUAUAGCGCCUUCAUCCAAA